GAACCAAUGUUUCAAAAUGACAGGUCACAGUAGUACAAAAAGUAAGUAAGAGCUAUAACAAAAUGUAUGUAACUCGAAAUGGCAACAGAUGAAUUUUUUUAAUAUUUUGUUAUGUUGUAGGAGUAAUAGUGAGAAAUUUUCAAUGCGUGAUGACGUGAAGUUAUAAAGGGGAAUAUAAAAAGAGCCAUGGUUUAUUCACUAGAAACUGGAGACUGUGUAAAACUAAAAGAGAAAGUGUCGUGUGAAAUCAGAGUUUUGCCUUCAAUGAUGUGGAAGAGGUCGAUUGUGCAAGUUAUGUCUGUGUGGCCUGUCUAUCGUGGGUCUACUCCUCUUAUUUUAGUCCUGCCGUUUGUCUUCCUUAUAUUAUUAACGGCAGUAGGUGUAAGUUCUGCUGCAGACCUAGUGAUAGAAAUUCCAGGAUGGGGUGGGGAAGACGGAGAGGAGGCACAUUACCGCCUUGACUAUCGGCCUCCUCAUGGUUCCCCUGCCCCCAAUUUUACGGUACCUGCCCGGGCUUCGACAAUAAAUUUUCAGGGUUUACCGGGCACAAAAUACCACUUCAUGCUCUAUUAUUCAAAUGCUACUUUUGCAGACCUUCUCACAUGGAAUCAAACUAUAAUUACAGCGCCUGAGCCACCACGCAAUUUGACGGUGACUUUGGGACGCAACAAACAGGCAGCCAUCUCAUGGGCCCCUCCUCUGCAUGGAGAUUUUACUGCUUUUCGACUGCGGGUGGUGGCGCUGGCGGGCGAAACUGGCGCGCGUAACCUUAGCGUGCAAGUGGACGCGCCCGACAACGGCACCUGGAGUCACGUACUGCGCGAUCUGUCGCCGGGCGCCACUUAUCAACUGCACGCCUUCACGCUGCUGCACGACAAGGAAAGCGCCGCCUACGCCUCCUUCAACUUCACCACCAAACCCAACACGCCGGGGAAGUUCAUCGUCUGGUUCCGCAACGAGACGACGCUGCUGGUGCUCUGGCAGCCGCCGUACCCGCCCGGGGCCUACACGCACUACAAGGUGUCCAUCGAGCCGCGCGACGCACGCGAUUCGGAGCUGUACGUGGAGAAGGAGGGCGAGCCGCCGGGGCCGGCCCAGGCCGCCUUCAAGGGGCUGGUCCCGGGGCGCGCCUACAACAUUUCCGUGCAGACCGUGUCCGACGCGCAGCUCUCGCCGCCCACCACCGCGCAGUACCGCACCGUGCCGCUGCGCCCCAGGAACCUCACGCUAGCGCCGCCGCCCGCCGCGCUCACCGAGACGUCGUUCACCGUGGCCUGGCUGCCGCCCGCCGAGAGGAGCGAGUUCCAGAAGUACCAGAUCGCAGUGUCGGCGGGCGGAGGCGGCGGCGGCGCGGGCGCGCGGCGGCUUCCGGCCGUGGUCCGGGGCCGCGACGAGCCGACGCUGUGCUCUUUCGACGGCCUCGAGCCGGGCAAGCACUACGCCGUGGCCGUCAAGACCAUGUCCGGCAAGGUCACCUCGUGGCCGGCCGCCACCGAGCUCACUCUCAAGCCGCUGCCGGUCCGCGAGCUGGGCUGGCGGCGUUCGGAGGAGCCCGAAUCCGACCGAGGCGGAGAAGCCCGAGGAGGCGGAGUGCUGCUGUGGUGGACGCCGGCGCCCGAGAGCACCCAGGACGAGUACAAGGUCUCGUGGGCCGAGGCGGGCGAAGACAGCAACUGGUCGACCACGAACGUGGCCAACGCGACGCUGGCGUCGCUGCUCCCGGGCCGCAACUACAGCGUGAGCGUGGUUGCCGUGUCGCGCGGAGUGGCCUCCAACGAGACGUCAGUGGCGGUCGCCACGCGGCCUUUGGCGCCCGUCUUGCGGGCCGUUCUGCCGUCGCGCACGUCGUUGCGGCUGGAAUGGAGCUCCGACGUCGACUCACGCCAGGACGAGUACGAGCUGCGCUACCGCCGCGUUGACUCCGCCGAGCCCCCGAGGACGUUGCGAAGCGCCGAACCGGGCGCCACGCUCGAGGGUCUCGAGCCGGGCGCCGUCUACGAGCUCGAGCUGGCGGCCCUGAGCCGCGGGCUCCGCGGAGAGCCGCUGCUCACGGAGCGCGCCACGCGGCCGCUCCCGCCCGAAUGGCUGGCGGUGGAGCGCGCCACCUCCAACUCGGUGGUGGCGCGAUGGCGAGGCCCUCUCGGCGGAGAGUCGGGUGCCUUCUCGCUGCGGUACCGCGCCGGCGCCGCUGCCUGGCGUCGGCUGCCGCCGCUGCCGGCCGACGCGACGCACGCCGAGAUCGCCAACAUGACUCACGGCGAGCGCUACUCCAUCGCUCUGGACACGCUCAGUCGCAGUCCGGCGCACGGCGACCCCGUCGAGGGCGGGGAGCCGCGCCUGGCGCAGCACACCGUGCGUCCCAACCCCGUGUCGAACGUGGCGCAGCUGGCGGACACGCGAAACAUGACGCUGGAGUGGCCUCGGCCCGAGGGCCGCGUGGACGCCUACCGCGUGCGCUGGUGGCCCGCCGAGGACGAGGGUGGCGCGGCGCCGGAGGGCGGCGAGGGCGGCGGCGAGCGCAACGUCAGCGCCGGCGAGGGCCGCAGCGCCCGGGUGCUGCUCGCCGGUCUGCGUCCCGGCCGCGGCUACUCGGUGGCCAUAGAGGCGCUCUCGUACGAGCUGGCCAGCGACGUGUUCGCGAUGCACACUCGCACGCGGCCCCUCGUCCAGUCGGAGAUGACGAUCGUGACGCAGGGCGGCGAGGACGCCGAGACUGAGGCGGCGCCCGCCUUCCUGGUGCUGUACACGCGCACGCCCGAGACGGCCGCCCGCUUCGACUCGUACCGCAUCCGGCUGGAGGCGGGCGGCGAGGAACCGCGCGAGGCGGUGCGCGCGGCCGACGCGACGCCGCAGCAGGUGCGCUUCGACGGCCUCACGCCGGGCCGCCUCUACAACAUCACCAUGUGGACGCUGUCGCGCAACGUCUCCUCUCACCCCGUGCAGCGCCAGGCGCGUCUGUUCCCGCUGCCGAUAACGCAGUUGAACGCGACGGCCAUCGGAGCGCGAGAGAUCACGCUGGCGUGGGACAGACCGGCCGGAGACUGGACCGCCUUCGAGGUGCAGUACCUCGCCGCCGCCGACCGCCUCGAGAGCGCCGGCGCGACGCGGCCCGGCAUCACGCUGGGCGCGCUGGCGCCGCACACGCUCUACACUUUCACCGUGGAGGUGCUGUCGGGCACGCCGGCGACCAUCCUGACGCGCUCGCGCGCCCUCUCCGCGAGCUUCCGCACGCUGGCCGCGCCGCCGGCCGCGCCCGCCGCGUUCCAUCCGACCGACGCGAAACCGACCGAACUCGCUUUCGCCUGGCGCCUCCCGCCGCGCGACGCCCACGGCGACCUGCUCGCCUUCCAUCUGGCCUACUGGCCGCUCGGCGCGCCGGACCUGGCCCGCGAGAUCGCGUUUCCGCCGGACGCCGAGGGCGGCGCCGUGAAGGGGCUGCGCGCCGGCGGCACCUACGAGUUCGAGCUGCGCGGCGAGACUACCGCCGGACGCGGGGCGGCGGCGCGCUGGCGCCAGCACAUGGCGAUCGCGGCGCCGCCGAGACCGCGCGCUCAGGCCCUCCCGACCGCCGUGCGACGAACCUCGUCCACGCUGGUGGUUCGCUUCCGAGCCGACUACUUCUCGCCGGCCAACGGCAACGUCACGGCCUACACGCUGGUGCUCGGCGAGGAGCCGCGCAACGAUACGCCGGCGCGCCUGCCGUCCUGGCGGGACGUGCAGCGACUGCCCGUGUGGCCGCCCUACCAGGUCACGGAGCCCUACUACCCGUUCCACUCGAGCGCCGUGGAGGAGUUCACGGUCGGCUCCGAGCGCUGCGAGGGCGGCGGCCGCGCCUACUGCAACGGCCCUCUCAAGCCCAACACCAAGUACUUCGUGAAGCUGCGGGCCUUCACGGCGCCGGACAAGUUCACCGACACCGCCUACGCGCCCGUCUACACCGAGGCCGACAACACGGCGUGGAUAGCGGGCGGGGCGUCGGCGGUGCUGAUCGCGCUCGGGGCCGGCGUGGCGGCUCUGGCGCUGCGCCGCCGCCGUCUGCGACGCGCCGCCCCGCGGCCCCGCGCGCCCGCGCCCGCCUCGCGGCCGGUGCGCGUCGCCGACUUCGUGGAGCACUACCGCCUCAUGUCCGCCGACUCCGACUUCCGCUUCAGCGAGGAGUUCGAGGAGCUGAAGAGCGUCGGCCGCGAACAGCCGUGCACGGCCGCCGACCUACCCGUCAACCGGCCCAAGAACCGCUUCACCAACAUCCUGCCGUACGACCACUCGCGCUACAAGCUGCAGCCCGUGGACGACGAGGAGGGCUCCGACUACAUCAACGCCAACUACGUGCCCGGCGACAGCUCGCCGCGCGAGUUCAUCGUGACGCAGGGCCCGCUGCACUGCACCCGGGACGACUUCUGGCGCAUGUGCUGGGAGUCGGGCUCCCGGGCCAUCGUGAUGCUCACGCGCUGCGUGGAGAAGGGUCGCGAGAAGUGCGACCGCUACUGGCCCUACGACACGCGGCCCGUCUACUACGGCGACAUCGCCGUCACCGCGCUCAACGAGAGCCGCUACCCCGACUGGACGGUCACCGAGCUGGGCGUGUGCCGCGGCGCCGAGCAGCGCGUGCUCGUGCACUUCCACUUCACCACGUGGCCCGACUUCGGCGUGCCGGAGCCGCCGACCACGCUGGCGCGAUUCGUGCGCGCCUUCCGGGAGCGCUGCCCGCCCGACGGCCGGCCCGUGGUCGUGCACUGCAGCGCGGGCGUGGGCCGCUCGGGCACUUUCAUCACGCUCGACCGCGCGCUGCAGCAGCUGGCGCGCCACGCCGACACUCUCGACGUCUUCGGCAUGGUGCACGCCAUGCGGCGCGAGCGCGUGUGGAUGGUGCAGACGGAGCAGCAGUACAUCUGCAUCCACCAGUGCGUCGUGGCGGCGCUCGAGGGCCGCGACCUGGCCCCGCCCCCGCCCAACAACCAUCACCUCAACGCCGCCUUCGAAGACGACGAGGGCAUCGCCGAGUCGGGCAUGUGAGCGCUCGCCGAGGAGCCGCGACGGCGCAGGUACUCUACGAACCUUCCCAAUCUAUGGCAGCCAAACAGUGUUCCUUCCACCAUCCCCCACAUCAGUCAAUUUGAUGUAUUCCUUAUCCCAGAUAAAUGUACAAUUGUGUGAUAAAUUUAACUACAUUCGCAUAGAUUGAAUAUAUUCAUUCUUACCAUUAUAGAAAGUAAUUUAACGACAGUUACAAACAAAUUGACGAAAUAUGAAUAAAAAUGUACGAAAAAUUCAAGGAAACUUCCUAAGCUAUCUGUGGUACAAUUGUGAGGUAGAGCCUCCCUCUGAGGGUAAAGGAAUAAUAACUAUAAAUAACUAAUAAUAGAAAAAUAUAACUAUUCGUUUCGGAGUAAACGGUUUUCGGAGAGGGUUUUACUGAAACUAACUAACAAACUAACUAGUAAGUCACCUAACAACAUCAAAUAUAAUUAUGUAAUAUUGUGAUUUCGUUUUCCUAAAACACGGUGUCACUAGUGUCACUCAAUAGUUGUCCCCCAUGGGCCAUGGCCUGCACGAUAAGAAAACGUUAGUCACUGUUUAUUUUAGUUUAUUAAUCGAAAUAAAUUGAAAGAUAAUGCAAAUGGUUGAGUCUAGGAACAGAAGAGGAAAGAACAGGGGGCCAACGGGCAGGAGGCUCACCUGAUGUUAAGUGAUACCGCCGCCCAACCUCGCCCAACGAGGAAACCUCGAAACGAGAUUUUAAAGCCCACAGUUAAACAUAAGCUUUCAAGGAAAGGUUCUACCAAUAAUAAUAGGCGGACAGGUCAACAGUGCCAUAAAGAAAAUGCAAAAAUAAUGGGGCAAGUUUUAGCCAAAAACAAGACCAAAAAUUGUAACCUUUUGUGACGCGUGUCCUAAUAAACCAUUUCUUUGUU